UAUGGAGAUGAGUGCAAAUCUGAAAAUGAUCUCAUGGAAAGACCUCUUUCAAUGUAGUAAGUACAGGGCUGUUUUUGCUAAGCACAAAAGAAACCACAUUGGAGAGGAACAUUGUGAAUGGAAUACACACAAAAAGACUUUAAGAAAGAGUUCCAGUGCUGCUAAAGAUACGAAUAUACAUCCUGAAGAGAAAACACCUGAAUGUCCUGAAUAUGAUAAAGCUUUUUGUGUAUUCUCUUCCCUUGUCAAGCAUCAGAGAAUUCAUGCUGGAGAGAAACCUUAUGAAUGUAAGAAACAUGGAAAAACUUUGAGAGAGCGAUCUACUCCUGCUAAACAUGAGAGAAUUCAUGCAGAAAAACAAUCUUACAAAUGUAAUCAAUGUGGAAAGGAUUUCCAAUGUUAUUCCAACUUGGCUCAACAUCAGAGAAUCCACACUGGAGAGAAGCCUUAUUUAUGUAAUGAAUGUGGAAAGACUUUUACAUCUCACUCCAGUCUUGCUGUCCAUCAGAGAAUCCACACUGGAGAAAAGCCUUAUGAAUGUAAUGAAUGUGAAAAGGCUUUCAUCGAUCGCUCCAGUCUUGCUAAGCAUCAGAGAAUCCACACUGGAGAGAAGCCUUAUGAAUGUAAUGAAUGUAGAAAGACUUUUACACGGAGUUACACUCUUCGUGAACAUCAGAGAGUCCACACUGGAGAGAAGCCUUAUAAAUGUAACGAAUGUGGAAAGGCUUUCACAAAGCGCUCCUAUCUUAAAGCACAUAAGAGAAUCCAUACUGGAGAGAAGCCUUAUGGAUAUAAGAAAUGUGUAAAGACUUUCACAUCUCAUGCCAAUCUUGCUAACCAUCAGAGAAUGCACACUGGAGAAAAGCCUUAUGAAUGUAAUGAAUGUGGAAAGACUUUCACAAAUCGCUGCAGUCUUGCUAAACAUCAGAGAAUCCACACUGGAGAAAAACCUUAUAAAUGUAAUGAAUGUGGAAAGGAUUUCAUACGGAGUUACAAUCUUUGUGAACAUCAGAGAAUCCACACUGGAGAGAAGCCUUAUGAAUGUAAUGACUGUGGAAAGGCUUUUACACAACGUUUCAAACUUGAUAUCCAUCAGAGAAUCCAAACUGGAGAGAAGCCUUAUGUAUGUAAUGACUGUGGAAAGGCUUUUACACAAUGCUCGCAUGUUGCUAUGCAUCAGAAAACCCACACUGGAGAGAAGCCUUAUGAAUGUAAUUAUUGUGGAAAGGCUUUCACAAAUCACUCCAGUCUUACUGUCCAUCAGAGAAUCCACACUGGAGAGAAGCCUUAUGAAUGUAAUGAAUGUGGAAAGGCUUUCAUAUAUCGCUCCAGUCUUACUGUUCAUCAGAGAAUGCACACUGGAGAGAAGCCUUAUGACUGUAAUGAAUGUGGAAAGGCUUUCACAAAGCGCUCCUCCCUUGAUGCACAUCAGAGAAUCCACACUGGAGAGAAGCCUUAUGAAUGUAAUGAAUGUGGAAAGGCUUUCACAAAGCGCUCCUCCCUUGAUGCACAUCAAAGAAUCCACACUGGAGAGAAGCCUUAUGAAUGUAAUGACUGUGGAAAGGCUUUUACACAACGCUCCCAUGUUGCUAUCCAUCAGAGAAUCCACACUGGAGAGAAGCCUUAUGAAUGUAAUGAAUGUGGAAAGGCUUUCACAAGUUGCAGCAGUCUUACUUUCCAUCAGACAAUCCACAUUGCAGAGGAGACUUAUGAAUGUAAGCAAUGUGGAAAGACUUUCAAAUACAAAAACUGUCUCAUAGAACAUGAUAAAAUACACAUCGGAGAGAAGCUUUAUGAAUGUAGUGACUGUGGAAAGGCUUUUACAAGGCGCAAAAGUCUUGGUAAACUUGAGAAAAUCCACAUUGGACAGAAACCUCAUGAAUAUGGGAAAUUUUAG